AUGCGCCCAGCGCCCUCCUACCAGUGCAGUGCCUGCGGCAAGGCUUUCCGCCACCAUUGCAACCUCCUGACACACAAGAAGCACCGGGGCCGGCGCCGGCACACCUGCAUGGGGUGCAGCAGGACUUUCUGCUUGAAAGGGGACCUGCUGCGGCACCGGGCAAGCCACGGCGGUGACAGCGGCUACGCCUGCCCACUCUGCCGGGGCAGCUGCCGCCAUAAACGUGACCUGCAGGCGCAUCGCAAGGGGCACGCUGGCGCUGUGUGCCGCAAGUGCCCCGAGUGCGAGAAGCGCUUUGAGGACGAGGCCAGCCUGAGCCAGCACCGGGCUGCCCACUCCGAGGAGCGGCCCUUCCUCUGCAGGCGCUGCGACCGCAGCUUCAGCUGGAAGGAGAGCCUGAUCAUCCACCAGCGCAGCCACGCACAGGAGCGCUCCCACAAGUGCCCCGACUGUGGCCGCGGCUUCAGCCGCAGCGGGAACCUGCUGGUGCACCAGCGCGUGCACACAGGCGAGCGGCCCUUCGCCUGCCCCCAGUGCGACAAGUCCUUCUGCAACAAGGCCAACCUCAUCACGCACAAGAAGCUCCACCGACGCUACAAGACCUUCUCCUGCUCCCAGUGCUGUCUGGGCUUCAGGUCCAAGAGCAGGCUGCUGCUGCACCAACAAGUGCACGGGGAGGGGGAUGAGGGGACCCUCAGGGCGGGAGACGACUCUCAGGACUGCCAGCAGUAG